UUGGUUUUUCUGUCAGCAGGGAAAAGCAAUGGAGCGAAGAAUCAUCACGGAAUCGUAGCUUAGCAUGUUCGGUGAUGCCUGGAGGAAGGCGGGGAGCCACCAUGGGGCGCCAGCGGAAUCCAGCAGCGUAGUUUCGGGGAACUAACCGCAAACUGUAACACCGGAGCAUCUUCGGUGAAUUAUCUGUUGACGGAGCGGGACAAACGUUAUGCAGUCAUGAAGCGGGUCCGGACGGAGCAGAUCCAGUACGCCGUGACUCAGUACCUGAAGAGGCGGCAGUAUGUGGACACCGACGCCUCCUUGAAGGGAGCCAAACUGUCUCAGUCCCCGGAGGAGAUGGCGGCCAGCCUGACAGCAGUGCAAACAGAGUCUGGCUGUGGGAACGUGGUCUCGGCUGCUCCCUGCCAGGCUGACCCGCAGCAGUAUGAGGCGCAGUUCUCCAGGCUGCACUCCUUCCUCUCAGAAACAGAAAUCUCUUGGGCUCGGGAGGUGAGCAGCAUCCUCUAUCCGCUCUUCGUUUACCUCCACCUGGACAUGGUGCGAUGCGGCCUGAAGGGGGCAGUAGACGGCUUUUACUCUCGUUUCCACGAGGCCUUUCUUCAGGACAGCGAGCAGCGCGCCGUCAUCGAGCAGCUCCGCCACGUUCUCACCGCUCAGGAUGUUGCCGCCAACCCCAAACUGCGAGCUUUCCUGGAGCACAAGUACACGGUUCACCUGACAGAGCCAGCCUACAACUACCUGCUGCGCUACCUGCAGAGCGAGGACAACAGCGCCCUCUGCAGGGUGUUCACUACACACCUCCAGGUGGAUGUCGCAGCAUCGAGACGCACAGACUAUCAGCUUUACGGAGCCGCCGGGGGCUCGACGGCGGGAGUGGAUGGAGGAGAUGCUGGAGAUGGGAUGGAGGUCCCUGUGGGGAUCCCCCAGAGCGAGGCGGCCCUGGAGGCUCUGCAGGACUGCAUCAAGAAAGUCCGCGAAGGCCCACCCACUCUCACCACCAUCUGCUUCUACGCCUUCCACCAUACGGAGCAGAUGCUGAACACGGCAGAGGUGUCGCCCGACAGUCGGCUGCUGGCGGCAGGCUUUGAUCACUCCGCUGUCAAACUGUGGAGCCUCCGAGCCAGGAAGCUGAAGGCCAAAGCGCAUCAGGCGGACGUGUCGCGCGUCCACCUGGCCUGCGACGUGCUGGAGGAGGACGUGGACGAGGAAAGCGGCUGUGGAAGUGAGAUAAAGACGCUGAGGGGUCACAGCGGUCCCGUGUUCCGGACCGCCUUCCUGACCGACAGCUCCGGCCUGCUCUCGUGUUCUGAGGACACCACCAUCCGCUACUGGGACCUGAGCAGCUUCACCAACAGCAUCCUGUACCAGGGCCACGCCUACCCGGUGUGGGACGUGGACGUCAGCCCCUGCAGCCUUUAUUUCGGCAGCAGCUCUCAGGACCGCACGGCGCGCUUGUGGACGUUCUCUCGCACGUACCCGCUGCGGAUCUACGCCGGGCACCUCUCUGACGUGGACUGCAUCAAAUUCCACCCCAACUCCAACUACCUGGCGACGGGCUCCACGGAUAAGACGGUCCGGCUGUGGAGCACCCAGCAGGGGGCGUCAGUGCGCCUGUUCACCGGCCACCGCGGCCCCGUGCUGUCGCUGGCGUUCUCCCCCAACGGGAAGUACCUGGCGUCGGCGGGCGAGGACCAGCGCGUCAGGCUGUGGGACCUGGCGUCGGGGACUCUGUUCAAAGACCUGCGCGGACACACGGACAGCGUCACCAGCCUGUCCUUCAGCCCCGACAGCAGCCUGGUGGCGUCCUCCUCCAUGGACAACUCCGUCCGCGUGUGGGACAUCCGCAGCUCGCACGGCGGGACGCCGGCCGACGGCUCCUCCGCCGAACUGGUGGGACUUUACAGCGGAAACACCAACAACGUGCUGAACGUCCAGUUCAUGGCCUGCAACCUCCUGCUGGUGACCGGGACGGCGCAGGAGAAGACGGAGCCGUGAGGGGUCCGAAAAGAAACGACCGCACCAGAAUGUUCUGUUCAGGAAUCUGCAUGAAGCAGAAACAAGAUUUUGUUCGAUAGUUUAGAGUCGCGCUUUUUUUAGAAGUUUUCUCAACUUCAGCCGUUAAACUGAUUUGACCAAAACAUUUCUGAUUGAUAAAAACUCUUCAGUUGCUUUUGUUACUGUUAAUAAAGAAAACGUUUCUCUUUCGGUCAA